GUUCUUCUUUCAUCUGGGACCUUCUGGCUGCUUUCCCCUACGCCACGCUCAUCCUGUCUGCUGGGGGAAAGGACAGCUUUGAGACGUGGUGGCAGCUCCCCAAGCUUCUCCACGUUCGGGUCCUCUACCGCUAUUACAUUAAGCAACUGGCGGAUGUGCGGGCGGACACCCUUACAGGAGGCCUACGCCGUCUGUUUCCCUUCAUUAUUGCCAUAUCGCAUGUCAUGGCGUGCAUAUGGUGGUUCCUCGGCCGACUAAAGGAGCAGCGUUGGAGCGAAGGAAGUGGGGAUGAAGACCCCAGUUGGAUUUCCCACUAUGAGGGUCUGGGAACUGACAACAUAGCUUCGAAAGGCAGUCUCGCUGAGCAGUACCUGUUGAGUUUUUACUACAUCACAGUGACGCUUUCUGCCAAUGGCUUGGUGGGACGCAUGCUGCCGCAAAAUAUCUGGGAGAUAUUUUUUGUGUGCGUGCUCAUGGUCAUCACCUUGACGCUGUAUGCGUUCGUGCUGGGGGAGAUCUCCAAUUUGGUCAUGAAGCAG